AAAAGAGGAAAAAAGAAAACCAGGAAAAUGAAGAUGAUCGAGAAGAUAACGUCGAGUUUCCAUACGGAAGCUUUGCAAAAUGAUAGCUUGUCUAUCGUUGAUCUAGCAAGUACAAUGAUGACCAUGAACGUUACCGUUCCUAAUAUACCUAAAAGACACGUGACUUUUAUUUCUCAAGCAGUACUCACGUUGGUAUAUAUAACCGGUGUUAUCGGUAAUGUGUCCGCUCUGGUCAUUCUCUUUCAUCGCGAUAAGAGAAGAAACCGCAAACACUUGUUGAUGCUACGUUGUUUGGCAAGCAACGAUCUCGUUGCAUUAUUGGGUAUGUUGGUCCAAAUGUAUAUCAGUAUCUAUGUAGCUGGCGUUACAUCCAACCGUGAAUUUUGUUCUCUACGAGUCGUAUGGAGACUCUUUGGAUUAUUCAGUGGCUGUGUAGCUAUCGUAAUGGCCGCUGAAAGAUGGUUAGCUUUGACCAGGCCUUUCGUUUAUCAGAAGCAGGUGACGUAUCCGGUAAUUGUCCGUUGUAUGCUGACACUUUGGUUGGCUGCUCUGUCAUUGACCAGCCUACCGGUAUUAGGCUUUGGUCUUUACUACAAAGACGAUCACUGCGUUCGAUAUAGAGAGGCUACAGGACCUACUGACAUAGCUUAUGCAUACGUGUGGUUCGUUUUCGGUACUCUUCUCUGUCUAUCCAUUGUCUGGUGUAAUUUAGCAGUGUCCAGAGCGCUAGGUACACUGGGUCGUCGAGCUGGAGCACUGAGACGUAUCUCGACGGCUUCUUCAAGAGCAAAUCCUUUGGUAACUGUAACUGGACCCACACCUGAAGUCGUCGCAAGUGCUGAAGAAAGAGCAUUUGCUCGACUUAUGGCGGUCGAACAAACAAUUAUUACGUCAAUUUAUUUAAUCGUUUUUUAGAUUUCGAUUCCGCUUGCACAAUUUUCUAUGACUUUAACAACAAAGAUGGUGACUUUGAAAAAGUGUAUCCAUGCUUUUCACAUUGUCGCCGACAUUCUUUUGUGCGUACACUUCACUUUGGAUCCAUAUAUUUACGUUCUACUUCGAAUGCCCCGACCAAGGUUCCGUUUGUUAAAACCACUUUGCAAGAUCUGUUGGCCAGCCAGAAGUCGAUCAAAUUCGUUCACGGGAAUAGGAGAUAAUCAUUGCAGCAGUGGUGAUCCACCAACCCCUAUAACCGAAGCACCUUCGACACCCGUUAGCGAGGAACACGAAUCUGAAGUAGCAACUGUCAAUGUUUGAGAUCGAUAUGUAUCGAUCGUAUCCAUCUCAUUAUUGAUUUUACAUUUACACGUUUACACGAGAAUUAUUCUUCGCUCUACCAAAAUUCUAUAUAUUUAUUUCUCAUUUACUAUUUCGUGUUCACAUUUGUGGAUUAAAUUUGGGACAAAAUCGAGGCAUUCCAUGAGAGUUAGAAUGAAGAAAAAAGUAUGAAAAGUUUGUGAUUGAGAUUAGAGUAUUGCAAUUAUAAAUAUCUAUGGGUAUUUGUGUAUUUCUUUUUUCUUUUAUAUAUACUAUAUCUUUUACUAUA